AUGAAGAAGAAACUCUACAAGAACGGCAAGAUUCACCCAUCACCAAUCACCGACCGCUCGUCGCUUCUUCCGGCGACAAUUCUCACCUUAACGACCUCACUUUCCCUGGAAGACAGAGAAGUCUUGGCCUAUCUCAUCUCUUGGAACAGAACCACUACAAACAACAUACUUUCUGGCCAACAGAACGCGAGUAGCAAGCGCACUCGCGGUGGUGGUGCCGAUGCUAACUUGUUUCAUUCACCAGUUUUUGAAUGCAAUUGCUUCCGAUGCUAUAUGAGUUUCUGGGCACGGUGGGACGCGUCACCUAACCAUCAAAUUAUACAUGAAAUCAUUGAAGCGUAUGAAGAAGGGUUGUUUUGGGAAAACAGGAAUAGAAAUAGUACAAGGAGGAGGAAGGAGAGAGUGGGGAAGAGAGUUCUGGAAGUGAAAGAUAAGAAUUUUGGGAAAGCGACAACGGUGGAGGACAAAGUGGGUGGUGUUGAAUCGGUGGAAGGAGUGGCCAAUUGCGGCGGCGGCGGCGGCGGCAGUGAAGAUGGUGUGGAAGAUGGGUCUGUGAGGAAGAUUGUGAGCUUCAUUGGAGAGAAAAUAUGGGGUGUAUGGAAAAGGGAUUCAUUGGAUUCUCCGUUCACCAGUUCAAGAGAUGCGAUUAAUUCUCUUCAAUUUUAUGUUUUCUUUUUCCAUGUAUCAGUUUUUUCCUCUCCAAGUAUUGGAUCGAAUUCUACACAAUGUUGUUUUAGUAAUUUAGUCCAAGAUUUGUAUCUGGUGCCUUUUUUCCUGGGAAAUAAAGAAUGA